GCUAUUAGUUUUGAAACAUACAUAUAUGCAUUAUGGAGCAUACUCCUGCGCCUUACGCUCCCAGAGCGGUAUACGGAUACGCCAUGUAUAUCGGAUCAAACAUGCUUUUCCUGUUGUACGUGAUAUGGGCGAUAAUACCGGAUGAAGUGUUGCACGAUUACUUAGGCUUGACGUAUUGGCCCUCCAAAUACUGGGCGGUCGCGAUUCCUAUAUGGGCGCUGACCGCUCUAGCCACGUUUGCGUUCCUCAUCUAUCCGGCUAUCAAUAUGCUGAUAACUCCGGAUAUCGACGAUAUUCGAACCAUCACGGAUAAGUACGCCCUGCCGAAAACCGAGAACACUCCAGCCGGGACACCAAUUGUAUCUGACAUACCGAUCACAGAAGUCUGCAGAAGAUUAUAUUUGAGAAAAAAUAACUCGUAAUUAUUUACUGUAAUAAUUAUAAUCAUAAUUUAUUUUUGGGACUUAGAUACGUGUACAAUUUGUUAAAAAUAAUAUUUGAGGGAAGCGGUGUUAUGUACGAGAUCACGACGUUUAUAGAUUAUAUUUGAGAAAAAAUAACGUAAUAUUGUUUGCUGUAAUAAUUAUAAUUUAUAUUUUUACAAUGAAAUAGGUGUACAUUUUCUUAAAAAUAAUAUUCAAGAAACAUGUAUGUCAUAAGAAUCUGACAAAUAUCUGUUAUGUAUAUAACAAUAAUGAUCUAUAAAUUUAUGUAAAAAUACUUUCUUUAGAAAUUCUAAAAGAAAUUCUAUAAGGUCAGUAAAUAUGACAUAAUUUUUAUGUCAUUAAAAUUCCUAAUGUUUCAAAAUAAAAUUAUGGAACCCUUUCUAAAAUAAGAGUGAUCUAUAAUAUA